CUCUAAAAAAAAUUGCAUUGACACGAUUUUGAAAAUUUCUUCCAAUUCGAAAGCAUCGCAGUUAUAAAAUUAUUUUUGGUAUUUCUGUAAUUUUCGCGCUCUUUCUCACCCUUUCCCUCUCUUCGUCUCUCCGCCGCCGUCGUCAAAGAUCGACAGAUCAUUCAUGGCAUCGACCUCAGAUGGUGAUCGGCCAUGGCAAUCUUAUCACACCGUCUACACCAACGCCAAAGCAGGGAUGGAAGGAGUUGAUAAAGAGAGAGUGCAAAGGAUCGUGUAUGAGAUGAGCAAAGGAUCCAAGUAUUUCGAGAGCGAAAAACGUAAGGAGGCGUUCAUACAGCAAAAAGUUGAGAAUUUGCGAGCUCAACGGGAAAAGCUUACAGAUAAGGACAUCGCCCAUUUUCAAGAGAUUGCUGAUAAAAAGAUUGUAGAAUUGGAAGCUUCCCGUGACCUUACAAAAGUGUGGCUGCAUUCUGACAUGGAUGCUUUUUAUGCUGCUGUUGAGACAUUGGAGGAUCCAUCGUUGAAGGGUAAAGCUUUGGCAGUGGGAAGCUUGUCUAUGAUAUGUACUGCUAGCUAUGAGGCACGGAAGUUUGGGGUUCGCGCUGCAAUGCCAGGUUUUAUUGCGUGCAAGUUAUGCCCAGAUCUGGUAUUUGUUCCUCCAAAAUUUGAGAAGUAUACUUACUACAGUGAACUGACCAGAAAAAUUUUUCAGAAAUAUGACCCAGACUUCAUAGCAACUAGUUUGGACGAAGCAUACCUCAAUAUUACUGAUACUUGUGUUAAAAGAGGCAUUAGUGGUGAAGAAGUUGCUGAUGAACUUAGAAAGGCUAUUUUCGAGGAGGCUGGUCUUACAUGUAGUGCUGGAGUUGCACCUAACCGCAUGCUUGCAAAGGUUUGCUCUGAUAUUAACAAACCCAAUGGGCAGUUUAUAUUAACAAAUGACCGGAAGGCUGUCAUGACCUUUAUAUCAUCACUCCCAAUACGAAAGGUUGGGGGUAUCGGUAAGGUGACUGAACAAGUUCUUAGGGAUGUACUUGGAAUCAGUACUUGUGAGGACAUGCUGCAAAAGGGUUCUUUGUUAUGCGCAUUGUUUUCUCCUUGUUCAACUGAUUUCUUUCUUUCAGUUGGACUUGGCUUGGGUGGAACUGAAACUCCCCGAUGUAGGUCGCGGAAGAGUAUAAGUAGUGAGCGAACAUUUUCUGCAACUGGAGAUGAAUCAUUUCUCUUCCAAAAAUUGGCUGAUCUUGCAGAAAAUUUAUCCAAGGACAUGCAAAAGGAAAGCCUGUGCGGACGAACCCUUACAUUGAAAUUGAAGACUGCUACCUUUGAGGUUCGAACUAGGGCUGUAUCUCUGCAGAAAUAUAUUCAUUCUCAGGAUGAGAUUCUAAGUGCUGCUUCUAAGCUACUAAAGGCAGAACUUCCUCUUUCUUUGAGGUUAAUUGGGCUGCGUAUGUCACAAUUCCGUGAUGACAGUCACAGUCCUCUUGAUCCCUCGCAGAAAACCCUCAUGGGCUUUGUCAUCUCAGGAGAAGAUGCUACUCGAAGAUUUGCAAAUGUGGAGAACUCAACUGGCUCACUGAUGAAUGAUAGGCAUGUUAUGCUUGAAGGGGAAAAGAUUUGCAAAUGGGAACUAAAAUUUUCAACUGGUGAUAGCAAUUGUUUCUCAAAUGAUGGUUACUCCAAUGUUCCAUAUGAACCUGAUAUAAUGACUGAAUCGAACCAGCUGAUGCAACCUGCAAACAACUCGGGGACCAAAGAGUACGGAACAUAUAGUUUUGAUGAUGCCUGCCCAACAGAGUCCAGGACGACCACUAUGGAGAAGUUCAAGAGAGGAUCCAAUUCUGCAGAGGACAAGGCAGUAUUAUCGUGCUGUCAUAAACCAUUGGUGUGGGUUGAUGACUACAUUUGUUCUGUGUGUGGGAUUGAAUUACCUCCGAGCUUCAUUGCAGAAAGGCAGGAACACUUUGAUUACCAUCUAGCUCAAAUGCUUCAGGAGGAGGAAACUGUGAACAAUAGAAGUCAACUAGAUCAGCGAGAGAGUGGUAUCGGUACCGUUCGUAUUAGGAUGUAUGACGAAGUGAUUCAGGAGUUGGAUGAAGUGAGGUUCGUUUCUCAGUUAAAGAAAAACAUCAUUUCACUUGGAGUUUUGGAAGCAACAUGCUAUAGGGUGACCUCAGAGGAUACAUCUCUGAAGGUUAUAUUUGGGUCCAUGAUUAUGAUGAAGGGCGUCAGGAGGAAGAAUUUGUACAAUUUGAUUGGAAGCACGGUUCAGAUCUGCUGUUAUUCUUUGUUGGGUGGGGUGAUGGAGAGCUAUCUGAAGGAGAAUUUUGGGGGAGUGAAGGCCAAGAACUCGUCGGAGGAGGCUCUCCGCCGAUGGCGGCUCCUCUGCUCCGUCGUUAAGAACCCGAAGCGUCGGUUUCGUUUCACUGCGAAUCUCAGCAAGAGAUCCGAGGCACAGAUCAUGAAAAGGACCAAUCAUGAGAAGCUGCGGAUUGCUGUUUUGGUUUCAAAAGCUGCUCUUCAGUUCAUAAAUGGUAUCCAAGUGCGCAGUGAAUACACUCCGCCCGAACCAGUGAAGGAAGCAGGGUUCCUCAUCUGCGCCGAUGAACUGGGAUCGAUCGUAGAAGGCCACGACGUGAAGAAGCUGAAGGCCCAUGGUGGCGUCAAUGGCGUUGCGACCAAACUCUCGACGUCGGUUUCCGAUGGUGUAGACAUUAAACGUGACAGAUUGAAAUGUAGGGAAGAGAUUUAUGGAGUAAAUAAGUUCACUGAGAGUAAAGUUCGGAGCUUUUGGGUGUUUGUAUGGGAAGCAUUGCAGGAUAUGACACUUAUGAUAUUGGCAGUGUGUGCUUUUGUGUCUCUCCUUGUUGGUAUUGCCACAGAAGGGUGGCCAAAAGGCGCCCAUGAUGGGUUGGGAAUCGUUUCGAGCAUUCUUUUGGUUGUGCUUGUCACAGCGAUAAGUGAUUAUCGCCAGUCUUUGCAGUUUAAGGAUUUGGAUAAGGAGAAGAAGAAAAUAUCAGUCCAGGUUACCAGAAAUGGGUUUAGACAGAAGAUGUCGAUAUACGAUCUUCUUCCAGGGGAUAUUGUCCAUCUGGCAAUUGGAGAUCAAGUCCCUGCGGAUGGAUUGUUUGUUUCAGGGUUCUCUUUACUUAUCAAUGAAUCGAGUCUAACAGGAGAGAGUGAGCCUGUUGCAGUAAAUGCCGAGUACCCGUUUCUUCUGUCAGGAACAAAGGUCGAAGAUGGGUAUUGUAAAAUGUUGGUAACAACUGUGGGCAUGAGAACACAAUGGGGUAAGCUGUUGGCAACACUUAGUGAAGGUGGAGAUGAUGAAACUCCGUUGCAGGUGAAACUGAACGGAGUUGCAACAAUCAUAGGAAAAAUUGGUCUCUUCUUUGCGAUUGUGACUUUUGCAGUGCUUGCUCAGGGACUUGUCACCAGAAAAUAUAAAGAGGGUCAGUACAUGAGCUGGUCAGGGGAUGAUGCUUUGGAAAUGCUCGAAUAUUUUGCAAUUGCAGUUACUAUAGUUGUUGUUGCUGUUCCUGAAGGACUCCCUUUGGCCGUGACUCUAAGUCUUGCUUUCGCCAUGAAGAAAAUGAUGAACGAUAAGGCACUUGUUCGCCACCUUGCAGCUUGUGAAACCAUGGGUUCCGCCACAACCAUUUGCAGUGACAAGACAGGAACCCUGACAACCAAUCACAUGACCGUUGUUAAAGCUUGUGUUUGUGGAAAUAUCGAGGAAGUAAGCGAUUCCAAUAAGGCUACUAGAAUGUGUUCAAAGAUUCCAGAUAUGGCAGUUAAAACUCUUCUACAGUCGAUAUUCAACAAUACGGGAGGAGAAAUUGUGAUCAACCAAGAGGGGAAGCUCGAGAUCUUGGGAACACCUACAGAGACUGCUUUGUUGGAAUUUGGCUUGUCAAUGGGUGGAGACUUUCAGGCUGUAAGGCAAGAUGCUAAGCUUGUGAAGGUGGAACCUUUCAAUUCUGCAAAGAAGAGAAUGGGCGUGGUGAUCCAACUACCUGAAGGAGGAUAUCGUGCACAUUGUAAAGGCGCCUCAGAGAUUGUUCUCGCUGCUUGUGACAAAUUUAUUGAUUCUGCUGGCAAUGUCGUUCCCCUUGAUCAUUUAGUAACUAAAAAACUCAAUGAUACAAUUGAAAACUUUGCGAGUGAAGCCCUUCGUACUCUUUGCCUAGCUUAUAUGGAUAUUGAGAAUAACUUCACAGCUGAGGAACAAAUACCAGUCAAAGGAUACACGUGUAUUGGAAUUGUGGGUAUCAAAGAUCCUGUCCGUCCUGGUGUGAAGGAGUCAGUUGCAAUAUGUAGGUCUGCAGGGAUCACUGUGAGAAUGGUUACAGGUGACAAUAUCAAUACAGCAAAGGCAAUUGCUCGUGAAUGUGGUAUUCUUACAGAUGAAGGUGUUGCUAUCGAAGGUCCAGAGUUUAGAGAGAAGAGCCUGGAAGAAUUGAUUGAAUUAAUUCCUAAAAUACAGGUAAUGGCUAGAUCUUCACCACUUGAUAAGCAUACCUUGGUUAAGCACUUGCGCACUACUCUUGAUGAAGUUGUUGCUGUUACCGGUGAUGGAACAAAUGAUGCUCCAGCACUUCAUGAGGCAGAUAUCGGGCUUGCUAUGGGCAUCGCUGGUACAGAGGUGGCUAAGGAGAGUGCUGAUGUCAUAAUUCUGGAUGACAAUUUUUCAACGAUUGUAACUGUGGCUAAAUGGGGCCGUUCAGUGUAUGUCAACAUACAAAAGUUUGUCCAGUUCCAGCUCACUGUUAACAUUGUUGCGUUAAUUGUUAAUUUCUCCUCAGCCUGUCUGACAGGAAAUGCCCCCCUCACUGCUGUUCAACUUCUUUGGGUCAAUAUGAUUAUGGACACUCUGGGAGCACUUGCUCUGGCCACUGAACCACCAAACAAUGACUUAAUGAAGCGAAUGCCGGUUGGGAGGAAAGGGAAUUUUAUAAGUAAUGUAAUGUGGAGGAAUAUCUUUGGACAGUCAUUAUAUCAGUUUUUAGUUAUGUGGUAUCUCCAGACUCAAGGAAAAAGUAUAUUUGGGCUUGAGGAGCCUAGUGCUGAUCUUACACUGAAUACGCUUAUAUUCAAUACAUUCGUCUUCUGUCAGGUCUUCAAUGAAAUUAGCUCUAGAGACAUGGAGAAGAUAGAUGUUUUCAAAGGCAUAUUGCAGAAUUAUGUGUUUGUGGGUGUUCUUUCUUGCACUGUCAUUUUUCAGAUAAUAAUUGUCCAGUUCCUUGGUGAAUUCGCAAGCACUACGCCAUUGACAUUGUUACAGUGGUUCAUCUGUGUGUUUAUUGGCUUUCUUGGCAUGCCUAUUGCUGCUGUUGUGAAGAUGAUUACCGUUGGAUCUAAUUGAAGAAGAUUUAACGUAGGAGAGUAGAACUGAUAUUUAUGAGAUAAAAAUCGAGCAUUCAGUUCUCUACUUCAGUUUACUUUUCUGCUGUCAUGAGUCAAAGCAUGCGCAGCAAUUGUUCACUGAAUAUGGUUGUAUUUAUGUAUUUUCCUUUGAUUAUUUUCCACUUGUAUUGGCUUGAUUGGUUUUGUAAUGUAGAAGUUUAGUCACUCACAACUAACAAGUUUGAUGUAGAAAGCGUGUUGAGCUUUCAGUUUAACAGGAAGAAAUUCGUCUGACAAUGCCGUACUUUUUUCGAUGGAUUUGAUUCUACGAGUGUUGUGGAUUUCCUUAGCGU